CGGAAGUUAGAAGUGUGAUUUCCGCUCUCGUCCUCGUCGUUCCUUCGACAGGCUCGCCUUCUGAGACGCCAAGGCAAAGGCAAUGGCUCGCGGGCAGCAGAAGAUUCAGUCGCAGCAGAAGAACGCCAAAAAGGCAGCGGAGAAGAAAAAGUCACAGGGAGCAGAUCAGAAAACGGCUGCCAAAGCAGCACUCGUCCACACAUGUCCUGUUUGCAGGACACAGAUGCCAGACCCCAAAACUUUCAAGCAGCAUUUUGAAAGUAAACACCCCAAGUCUCCUAUGCCCCCUGAGCUGGCAGAUGUGCAGGCAUAAACAUCUCAAGGAGUUGCAAGUGUCUGCAUCUGGGAUCCUGGGGAGAAACGAUGUGAUUCAGCUUGGCCAACUGAUUCAACUUCUAGAAACAAACUCUGGAUAUGAUGCAACAGGAGAAUUAAUGAUGGACUAAAGCACACCAGCACCCUUUUGAUUUUAUAUUUUUAUAUGUAUUACCAUUCAUUUGGGCGUACCAUCAGUUUUAGUGUGCCGUACCAGAAUCAUAAUAACUUUCUGUCCACUUUUAGUGUUUAUUCUCCACUGAUUAAUAUGUCCCUCUCUUUUAUUGCGCAUUUCAUGUGGAAAUUCAUAUUAAUACAGAUGCAAGUUUUCUUCGGUGCGUACAACUCGAUAAUGCUCUGUACACAUGAGCCAUAAUAAGAAUUGCAUCAUUGUGCGAAUUAACAACAUUGGCCAGGAUUGUGAUUGGAUUAAAUGACUUCAGUUGGGAGAAAAGGGAAAAAAAAUCCUCAAAGCAAAACAAAUGCUCUUGUAAAGUACUUUGGGUGUUGAAUAGAGCCUCUGCGUAACGUGUGCUUACUUUUCAAUUUUUUGCUAAGGUUUUCAAUAAAUGUGUAAGCAUAUA